AUGGGGUCCAUCUCAGCUGACCAAACUCUUGUUCCCCCUCCACCCAGCUCCACCUACAACAUCGCCUCCAUACCAGCCGACGGUAUUGGCCCUGAAGUGAUCUCCGCCGGCAUUCGGGUCCUCAAUACCCUCUCCAGCACCUUCUCAACCUUCAAAUUCAAUUUCUCCCACUUCCCCUGGUCCAGCGACACCUACUUGGAGACUGGCCGGUACAUACCCGAAGGCGGCCUCGACGAACUCCGCAAAUUCAACGCCAUCCUCUUCGGCGCCGUCGGCGACCUCAGAGUCCCCGACCACAUCAGCCUCUGGGGCCUGCGCCUCGCCAUCUGUCAACCCUUCCAACAAUACGCCAACGUACGGCCGACCCGUGUUCUGAAGGGUGUCACAUCCCCGUUGUCUGCAUGCCAGGGCAGCCUCGCCAACACCAAAAAGCUCGACUGGGUAAUCAUCCGCGAGAACAGCGAAGGCGAAUAUGCCGGCCAGGGCGGUCGUUCCCACGUCGGGCAUCCCUGGGAAGUCGCUACGGAAGUGUCGGUCUUCACACGCCACGGCACCGAAAGAUUGCUGCGUUUCGCCUACGAAACGGCCCGCUCACGCCCACGCAAGAAGUUGACGUUCGUGACCAAAUCGAACGCGCAGCGUAACGGGAUGGUAUUGUGGGACGAGGUCCAGAAAACCGUUGCGAAAGAGUACCCAGACGUCGAGACGGAUAAGAUGCUCGUCGACGCCAUGACGUGUCGUAUGACGUUGCAACCCGAGAGCAUCGAUACCGUCGUCGCGACAAACUUGCAUGCAGACAUUCUUUCGGACCUUGCGGCGGCGUUGGCGGGGAGUAUUGGAAUUGCCCCGACGAGUAAUUUGGAUCCGACGAGGCAGAACCCAAGUAUGUUUGAGCCGAUACACGGGUCGGCGUGGGAUAUUGCGGGGAAAGGUGUCGCGAAUCCGGUGGGCACGUUUUGGACCUGUGCUGAGAUGGUGAGGUGGUUGGGUCAAGAGGAGGCCGCGGAUCUGUUGAUGGAGGCGGUGGAGAAUGUGCUUGACAGGGGCGUCAAGACGAGGGAUCUCGGUGGGAAUGCGGGCACAGGGGAGGUGACAGAUAAAGUCUGUGAAGAGAUUCAAAGGAUCGGGAGGGAGAAGGGCUUGGGUUUGGCGAUGAAAUGA